GGGUCUCAUGUUAGUUGCCUUGCCUUGCCAUGAAUGGCAUUAUUAUGUAUAGCUGUUCCUGCCAUUGCCAGGCCAUCAACCAUAAACUACUCUUCUGGUACUAGUCAAAUACCUGUCGUGCUAAUGACACGCCUCCUCCUCCUCCUUGACCCAUAAGGCCUUCUUCCUCUCAGCUGGCUGAGUUCAUCACCAUGAGUGCUUCUCCUCUUCUGCACCAACAUCGCCAUAUAAUAUCAUCAAGCUUCCUGAUCAGAGAAGGCCUGAGAGAGGCAAGGAAACAGAGAGUUGGUUUGAAUGGUGGAAGCGGCGGGGCCUCUCCGGAGAAGAGGCGGCACCAUGGAGGAGGUGCAGAUGGAGGAGGCAUUCAUCUUCUCUGAAACCAUCAAGGAUCUCAAGGCUCUGCGGCCGCAGCUGUAUUCCGCAGCAGAGUAUUUCGAGCUGGCCUACACACAGGAAGGCCGAAAGCAGGCGGUGAUGAGUAACCUCAAGGAAUACGCUGUGAAGGCCCUGGUCAACACUGUAGAUCACCUAGGGUCCGUAUCCUUCAAAGUCUCCAGCCUUGUCGAUCAAAGGUUCCACGAGGUGGCCGAAGCCAACCUGCGGGUCUCCUGCAUCCAGCAGAGAGCUCAGGCGAUCCACGCAUGCGUGAACAGAGAAGGCCUGACGCAGCAAUCCUUGUCGAUCGCCGCUCCAAAGUAUCACAAGAGGUACAUCUUACCAGGAGAUGGUUCAGUUCCCAAUGCCGUGCCGAACUUCAGCGAGAUGAAUAAGGUCAAGAGCAGGACUGCGCAGAUGCAUCAGGCCUUCCGUGGUAAGGAUCUGCAAUCCAUGAAAAAUGGCGGACGUGUGUUGGAUAUCUUGCACUUGAUUUUGACCUGGAAUGCCUACGUGUUGGCAGCAGCAGCAUCUGCAGCUCAAACAAAAAACAAAGACAAGCAAGCUUCAUUCCGCAAGCUCCGGUCGAUUGCCCGUGCACCUUCUCAGAGCGCACGUUCAUCCUCUCCAGCACAGCAUCCGCGCUUCGUGCCGCCUUCUGAUACUGCAAUACCCACCAAAAGAGAUAAAAGAUCGGAUUCACCAAUUUAUUUGACAACUCCACUCACAAGGUCUGGGUCACUCUCAAAGAAGUCAUCCUUGCUCAAGACAUCAAGUGUCAGGGUCCAGAUGCAGACAACUUCAGAUCCCAAGAGAUUGGCACCGCUGCGGUCAUACACUGACAGGUACAAUGAUGAUUCCAUGGAAAGCGAGCAGACUCUGAAGAAGGGCAAGAAGUUCCUCAAGUCUCUGCUCAGUAGGCGCAAGUCUGGAAAAGAAGAACCACUGCAGGAUAGUGUUCCUUAGGCUGUAAAGGAUGAAAUUUUUCAUAGGAGUGUCCAUUACUAUCCUCAGUACUCUGUACUCAGUUAACUUUGUCCGAUUCUUCUUAAUAGUAAUUAUUCUUUAUGUUUUUUCACCAUUUGAAAGACGGUGCUUAAGGUGAGCCCUGGCACUGGAAAUGACUUGAAUUAUUAUUAUUUUGCUCGAGAGAUAGGUGUGCUGGAUGACGUUGUUGGAUA